ACACCUUUCUUUUUGAAGGUCCGAGCCCACCUAGAUUGGCACGCGCGAGCCUGACCGCCUCCGUGCACCACGUCAGGUUCUGACUCUGCUUCAAGCCACUCCUAUUCUUCGGCUGACCGCCCCCGGUGGUCACGUGGAGCUGCUCGCCACGCAAGUCUGGGUCCUGCGAUCCACCGGGGUCCUUGCCGCCUGGGAGCCGCUCCUACGCUGCCUGUUCGCGCGAGAGUUUGGAGGGGCGGGUUUCGGGUCGGUCUCUACUGUGGGACUCGUACCGUAGCGCAUCUGAGACCUGCUUAGGCGUCCACUUAGGGCUCGAGGUGCUGGCUCAGGCAGUCGCCGGGGCACCCCGUGUCUGGAAAGCGCAGGAGCGCUCUGGAGAAGCCUGGACAGCCCCACUUUCCCGCAGCCAGGUGCUAGGGUCGGGAGCUAAAGUGAGAGUCCGGCUGUCUUCCAGCGCCUGGGCCACGGCGGCGGCCCUGGGAGCAGAGGUGGAGCAACCCCAUUGCGCUAAAGAUGAAGGGCUGGGGUUUGCUGGCCCUGCUUCUGGGGGCCCUGCUGGGAGCUGUCGGGGCCCGGAGGAGCCAGGAUCUACACUGUGGAGCUUGCAGGGCUCUGGUGGAUGAACUAGAGUGGGAAAUUGCCCAGGUGGAUCCCAAGAAGACCAUUCAGAUGGGCUCUUUCCGAAUCAAUCCAGAUGGCAGCCAGUCAGUGGUGGAGGUGCCUUAUGCUCGCUCAGAGGCCCACCUCACAGAGCUGCUAGAGGAGGUAUGCGACCGGAUGAAGGAGUAUGGGGAACAGAUUGACCCUUCCACCCACCGCAAGAACUAUGUACGUGUAGUGGGCCGGAAUGGAGAAUCCAAUGAACUGGACCAACAGGGGAUCCGAAUUGAUUCAGACAUCAGUGGCACCCUCAAGUUCGCGUGUGAGAGCAUUGUGGAGGAAUACGAGGAUGAACUCAUUGAAUUCUUUUCCCGAGAGGCUGACAAUGUUAAAGACAAACUCUGUAGUAAGCGAACAGAUCUAUGUGACCAUGCCCUGCACAUAUCGCAUGAUGAGCUAUGAACCACUGGAGCGGCCCAGACUGACAAGCUUGAUGGAUCACCCCCAGGAGGGGAGAGGGUGGCAAUGCCUUUUAUAUUAUGUUUUUACUGAAAUGAACUGAAAAAAUAUGAAACCAAAA